AUGGCUGCCAAGGUGUCGAUGUCUGAAUUCCAGGCCACGGCCGUCGACGCCAUUCCCCAGAUCACCAACUCUGUCCGCGGGACCUUCCGCACCCACAAGACCAAGAAGCUGCAAUGGCGCCAGGUGCAGCUGCGCAAGCUCUACUGGGCCCUGGAGGACUACACGCCCCAAUUGCUGGCUGCGCUCGCCAAGGACCUGCACAAGUCCGACUUUGAGGCCUUGAUCACCGAGAUUGACUGGCUGAAGAAGGACUGCAUCUUCAUGCUCGACCAUCUCGAGAAGUACGCCAAGGAUGACAAGCUGGGGUCGCCCGACCUCCCGCCGCCCUUCUCCUUGAUGAAUUACCGCGUUCGCAAAGAACCCCUGGGCACCGUGCUCAUCAUCGGUCCCUACAACUUCCCCGUCCAGCUCCUCCUGGCCCCGUUCGUGGGCGCCAUCGCGGCCGGCUGUACUGCCGUCCUCAAGCCCUCCGAGGUGACGCCCGCGUGUGCAAUGGUGCUCAAGGCGCUGAUCGAGACGAGGCUCGACACGACUGCCUUUGCCGUCGUCAACGGCGGCAUUCCCGAGACCACCGCGCUGCUGAACGAGAAGUGGGAUAAGAUCUUCUUCACGGGCAGCGCGGCGGUUGGCACCAUCGUCGCGAAGAAGGCCGCCGAGACCCUGACGCCUGUCGUUCUCGAGCUCGGCGGCAGGAACCCGGCCUUCAUCACCAAGCACGCCAACCUCGCGCUGGCCGCGAGGCGGCUGCUCUGGGGCAAGACUAUGAACGCGGGCCAGGUCUGCCUGUCCCAGAACUACGUCCUGAUCGACAAGGACGUUGGCCCCACUUUUAUUGAGCACCUCAAGCAGGCGUACAGGGACAUGUUCCCCAACGGCGCCAAGGCGAGUCCGGACCUGGCGCGCAUCGUCAACCAUAAGCAUUUUCUGCGGCUGAAGAAGAUGCUGGAUGGCACCAAAGGUAAGAUCGUCAUGGGUGGCGCCCUGGACGAGUCUGAGCUUUUCAUCGAGCCUACCGCUGUGCUCGUAAGCUCGGUGGACGAUCCGAUGAUGCAGGAAGAGUCGUUCGGGCCCAUCUUCUGCAUCUAUCCGGUCAACUCGCUCGACGAGGCCCUCAACGUUGCCAACCGGGUUCACCGCACACCGCUCGCCCUCUUUUCAUUUGGUUCCAAGGCAGAAAACCAGAGAGUCCUCAACGAAAUGACAUCGGGCGGCGCCACGCUCAACGACGCCUUCUUCCACGCCUCGGUCAAUAGCAUCCCGUUCGGCGGCGUCGGCGACAGUGGCUGGGGCGUCUACCGCGGCAAGGCGAGCUUCGAUUGCUUCACACACUUCCGCACCGUCUCGGAGACGCCCGCGUGGGCCGAGAAGAUCAUUGACGUGCGCUACAUGCCGUACAACAUGGCCAAGCUCAAACUGCUGAACCGGUUCACGGCUAAGAAGCCCAACUUUGACCGCAACGGCAAGGUCAUCAAGGGUUUCGGAUACUGGGCCAAGAUGGUGCUGUGUCUGGGCGGUAAGGGCGCCAAAGGUGCGUUCUUGCGGUGGUUGGCUGUGCUCCUGGCCCAUUAUCUUUAUACGAACCGUUUUGGCAGAUAG